UCGACUCACAGUUUGACGCGGUGUCGGUAAGGACAUGCCGCAUUGAACCGUGUCUGUGAACACUUACGAAGCUCCGAAAACAUAUUCAGAAUGCUGUACUCCUCACUACCCGUCUGCUUCCUCGUGCUCGGUGCGGCUCUCUGCGCCCCCGAGCGGAUGCAAAACGAGGCUGAACCCCACGACCUGCAGCCCCACGAGGCUGAGCCCCACAGUGACCACGUAGCCCCCCUGGCGAAGAGAUCACCCCACUACGACUUCGGGCUGGGCAAGCGCGCUUAUAGCUACGUGUCGGAGUACAAACGACUCCCGGUUUAUAACUUCGGAUUGGGCAAGAGGUCUAGGCCCUACUCCUUCGGCCUGGGCAAGCGCUCUGUAGACGAAGACCAGUCUAAUGAUGAACAGCAACUCACCACCAGCGACCUCGACCAGGCUGCCUUAGCUGAGCUGUUCGACCAGUAUGAUGACGCAGCAUACCCAGAGAAGCGCGCACGCCCCUACAGUUUCGGCCUCGGCAAACGCUUCGCUGACGACGAAACCUCCGAAGAGAAGCGAGCUCGGGCAUACGACUUCGGCCUAGGAAAACGACUACCCAUGUACAACUUCGGACUGGGCAAGCGGGCUAGGAGCUACAACUUUGGCUUGGGCAAGCGAUACAGCAAAUUCAACUUCGGCCUGGGCAAGAGGGAGAGGGAUAUGCAUCGUUUCAGUUUCGGCCUGGGCAAGCGGUCGGGAGAUGACGUUUCGGCCGACGAUAGCGACAAUUAUUUUGACGUUUAAAUAAUUUUGUUAUUUUAUGGUUAAGUGAUAUCGCUAUUGGGAAUUUGCGUGGGAGCAAUGUUUCUUGUACCAAAGAUUAAUUUAUUCUUUAGACUCUAGAUAAAUAUUUUAUAAUUGUUAUUAAUACUACCUCACCUUUUCGCAGAUUUUCAUGUGAAAAAUCCAGCCAGUUUUCACAAGGAAAUCUCAAAGAUGUUAUGUUUUUACUUUAUUAUGUGGGUUUUUCUCUUUUAAACUUUAUUUGUACAUUUCCACGUAAAUUUUCAUACAAAAACAGUUAAUUAAUAAUAAUAAGAUUUUUGACUGCAUACUUCAAAUAAUUUAGACAUUUCGAAUAUUAUAAAAAUGUAUUAGAAAGUGUGAUUCGAAAAGAGAAUGUAUUUUUAUGAUGUUUUUGGACAGUUCAAUUAUUUUUAAAAAAUUAUGUAUUAAUUGAUGUUUUAUUCAUUUAUAUUGGUUUAUAGACUAUUUUUAUUUACUUAUUCUUUUGUAAAUUAUUAUUGUUAUGAAUAAUAUGUAUAGUAUAGCAAUUUGUGUAAAACAUUAUUUUCUUUGUAUGUUAUAGAGAGUGUGGAGUUACGAUCGCGAAGUAAGACAUAGUAUAAGCUUAAACUCGCAUCUAUGUUGUUAAAUAAAUAAUGAAGUCUUAAAA